CCUCUCUGGAAAGCCUCCUCAGCAGGCUAUGAUAUCCUGAGAGCUAGCAAGUACUAAAGCCUGAAGAUGCAACUACUACUCGUUCAUGACAAUUUGGUCACGCAGAAGCUCUUUCAGCGCAUUGGCGGAAGGCUAGAGUGCGAUGUGCAUGUCAUCGGCUCAGGUCCAGCAGUACUCGACUACCUGGCCAUGGCCCCUACCCGACCAGAUAUCAUCUUCAUGAAGACUUCGCUGCCAGGAAUAAGUGGCUACGAAGUAGUCCGAAUGAUCCGCACGCAACCUCCCUUCUGCAACGAUCCUCAACUGCAGAUGACACCCAUUAUCGGAUUGACGGCGUCGACAGUCGGAACUAAUCUAUCUCGGGAGCGAGCGUCUGGGUACAAUGAUUUUCUGAGAUCACCCUUACGGAUAAACGAUGUGGCGAAGACCAUCGCCCAUUGGUCCCGUCGACAGAUUAUGGGCCCGACCGAAGUGACGCCUUCGCAGUUGAAGAUGUGGCAUCGACACCAUCGAGGGCCGCGAUCACGGAUGUGAAGCCGAACAUUGUCAGAAGGUCUUAAGGGGCUUGGCUCGGUACCUAAUUGAUGUUUGACUGUUGCGCUGUGUUAGUAGAGCGAUAAGCAAAAUGCAUUC